UGCUGCACAAAUCUGUGACUGUAAUCUCCCCUGCUCAAUUCUUCUUUCAUAAGUAGCUCAGAUACUGUAUUGGUGACACCCUGGUACUUUUUUGUCAACACUUCAUCAAGAAAACUUCACUCUGUGAAAACAUCAUUCUGUAGAACCAAAGCAUGUCUUCAGUUGCUCCAGACUAUUAUAAUCCCAGCACUGACGAUUAUACAGAUUGGGAGUUGUGCAACUUGGACCCAAAUCCUGCUCAAGUCCUGACCCAAACCUACAUGCACUCCCUCAUUUGUGCCUUCGGCCUGAUCGGGAACCUCCUUGUGGUGGUCACUUACAUAUUCUACAAGAGAACCAAGACAAUGACCGACAUCUACCUAGUCAACGUGGCUGUGUCCGACGUGAUCUUUGUGCUGGCCCUGCCUUUUAUCAUUUACAACGAGCAGAACAACUGGCCAAUGGGCAGUGGGAUUUGCAAGGUUUUAACGUCGGCUUACAGCAUCAACCUCUACAGCGGCAUGCUCCUGCUGGCGUGCAUCAGCGGCGAUCGUUACGUUGCCAUUGUCCAAGCCAGACGCUCUUUUGGGGCUCGCUCCAGUUCUCUCAUUUACAGUCGCAUCAUCUGCUCUGCUGUGUGGUUUUGUGCGGCUGCGCUAACACUGCCUACGCUUAUAUACACCGAACGCUUUGAAGAGACUGUUGUGGGGGCUGAGACCGCGCAUGUGACGUGUCAGCUGUCUUUCAGCAAAGACGAGACGGCAAAGUUGAUCAAAACGCUGGUCCCCUACCUUCAAAUGGCCAUUGGCUUCCUGUUGCCCUUAACGGUGAUGGUGCUAUGCUACUCCAGCAUCGUGCGCACCUUGAUUCGAGCGCAGAACAGCCAGAGGCACAAGGCCGUCCGUGUGGUCUUGGUGGUGGUCGUGUUCUUCAUUGUGUGCCACCUGCCCUACAACGUGGCUCUGCUCAACCACACGCUGGAUCUGUUUGAACAGAGAGGUUGUCAGAAAGAGAAGCUCCGUCUCCAAGUUCUGGCCAUUUCGAAAAGUGUCGCCUACCUGCACUGCUGUGUCAACCCCAUCCUCUAUGCCUUCAUUGGCUCCAAAUUUAGGAGCCACUUCAAGAAGAUAGUUCUCAACCUGUGGUGCUUCGGUAAGAGGUACAUCUCCUCGGCCCGCUCUUCACGUGUCACGUCUGACGUGUGCAUCUCGGGCUUCAAGUCUUCAGAUGGCUCCAACAACCUCUCCUCGUUUAGUGUGUGAUACCUCAAUGAACAAAAAUCAGGAAAGUUCUGGUGAAAAUGGAUCUGCAUGCAUCAGUGAAGGCAACAUACAUCAGCUAAGCAAGAGCAGAGCUACAGAGUCGCCAGUAGCGGCCAAUCACAUACCUAUUGAAAUUUUUGAUCUUUACCUUUUCUACCAACUGCACAUGGAUGCAGAAUGCUUUGACCCCUUGAUACUCUGCCAUAAGGGAGGGAUAAGAUAGGUUACAACAUUCACACACCCAGUACUAAAACUUGGAUGCAGCAAUAGAAAACAUGCUUUAAGUAUAACUGUCGAGACGUGGCAUAAACUGUAAAUAAACAUGCCGACAAAAAUUGUUUCUCUGUCAUAACUGAUUUCUGUUUAUGCCCUC